GUAUCUCCGAUAUUGUGUAGAUGCCGCCAAUGUAACAAGACAUCAGAAAUCAAAGUAAGUUUUCCAGUGCAGUGGUUCAUGGUUCGUAGUCACGGUGGCAUACGGUGCAGGAGGUCAGUGUCAACGGCACGCCGACCUCAUGCGGUAGGAUACUUGGGCCUAGCGUCCAGGUCAUGCGUAUACCAGAUUGCAUGCGUGAUGGUGAUCCAAUCGAUUGCAGUUAAGAUCCCACCGUAAGUGUAUUCUUUCAUAGUAUUCCGCGUUUGUUGAUGUGUGUUUGGCCUGUGAUCAAUUGAUGUGAAAGGGAUCGGUCACGUGGUUCGACUCCACAUAUCAUGCUGCAGGCGUAAUCUUCUAGAUUCCAUCUGAGUCAUGAAAAUGAACACAUUAAAGCUACUAUAAAAAUAUGUAGCCGAGUUCCCUGGGCCGCAAUUCGUGGUUUUUGUAGUGGUUGUCCAGGGCGGCUUGUGCUUCGGAACAGAUCACGGCCUGUGUCCUUCUUUGAGAUGAACGUGUUGCUUAACAUGAUUCGGAUUUACUCCCCCGAGAUCUUAUGUAUUUAAUGGAGUUCAAAGAAUUCGUGCUGGACAGGAGUUUUAUUCCAUUUACUCACACAUGUAAAACUUUGCCAAGCAGCGUCACAUCGACGUCUAAUCCUAGGUCGUAAAGUGGCUUGACUCUAUGUGCCAGGAAACUUCAAGUGUUCCGAAGUCUUCGCAUGGUAUCGAUUAACGCCCCACCACCUCAAGUCAAUCUUCCCCGUACUACGUACGCUACGGUACAACAUGCGGGGAACCAGCCAAAUGCUCCCUUUCUUAUCAAAGAGACAAGACACUAACUAAUUGUCAAGAGAACUUCAUUACUGUUUCUCUGUUGAACGUUCGUGGUAAUAGCCUAGUGUCGUAUCUACAAAAAGCACAAACCUUCUCUUUCAAGAUCCAGCAAACAUACUUGCACAUCACCAUAAAUCAAAACAUCCAAGAAACCCUUUGUCCUAUUGAUGAUGCAGAAGCCUACUCAGCUAUCCUAUCCACAUCGAACAUGCUCUCCCUUUCCACCCCACGC